UUUUUUUUUGUAGCUGAUAAAAAAAUAUUACAGGAUUUUUUUUAGAAUCCUUUAUUAACAUCUAAUCAAUCUAUACAAAAUGGCUAAAAGUUUAAGAUCUCAAGCAAAGAAGAGAACCAGAGCUAUUAAGAGAGAGACUAUUUUCAAGCCUGUUGAAGAUGCCCGUCUUGCACGUUUAGCAGAAGCACAAGCUGAGGCUGCCAAGAAGCCCAGUGUUGGUGACUUUAUGGACGAUAAGGAGGAAGUUGCUACUACUACCACUACCACCACCGAUGCUGAUGCCAUGACUGAAGAAGAGCAAACCAGCAAGAAGAUCUCCACAAGUGGUCCUCGUAGUAACAGACAUGCUAGAAAGCUUAAGGAAAGAAAGAUGAAGGGAAAGAAGGGCGCCAACAAGUUCUAAAUCCCUUUAUUAUAUCUUUUUCUUAAAAACGUUUUUGUAUUCCAACCCUUUCCCCCACAUCCUCAUUCAAUUCACUACACACUUUUUUUUUCCUUUUUGUCCAAUUAUAUAUUAUAACUAUUAAAUCACAAAAAAAAGCACUUGUAAAUAAUAAAUAUAGAGUAUAUUUAACUGGAUAAA